UCAUGAUGUGCAUCUGUUGGUUUUGAUACAUACCCUUACAAAUUAUUUCCACUUAGCUUUGCUUUACUGGUUUUUCCAAACCAUUACUUUCAUUUUGAGAUGUAUUUUUAUAAAUCCAAAUCCGAAUCAACAAAUAUUCCCACAACAACAGACCAUUGACCUAACCUAUCCAUGUGUAAAGCUAUGUCGAAGGUCAAUGAAGCUUUGCAAAUUUUGAAUACAGCCCAACACAACACUCGCACCUGGAUAUCUAGUGAGCAAGCAUCUAGUUGGAUAGUUACUAACUGAGGGAGGAACUACUAACUAAAUAGAAGUGUCAUAACUGAUAUAAAAGUCAAAUAUGGCAGACAUCAGACUGAGUUUCAGCAUUGCAAUGGUUGCGGCAGUUGUCCUUGGAGAGUUGUUCAGUCUCAUUUGGUACAAUCUGCUCUUCAGGAGAGACUAUGGGGAACGUAACCUCAUAAUGGCCAUCCUAGCUGAUGUUGGCCUCGCAUUCAUCCUGAAUCAUAUUAUGGGGCAACACUGGUCAGUCCGUAACAUCGAGGAUGCUGUAUGGCUAUCCAUCUGGUUAGGAUGUCUUUAUAUCUGUCUUGAGUCCCCUCAUCAUUUAUGGCAUCAACGUGAUCUUACCCGCUUCCUCAUCCAUGCCUUGCACAAGUUUGGCAUCUGCUUCGUGAUGGUCUUCUCCCUCGAUUACUUCAAGAACUACUAGGUCUCAAUCAUAAAUGAGACUUAUAUAAAGUCGUAGAAUCUGAAUGGAACAGACAAUUAUUAAAAAUAGACAUUCACUGGAAUAAAUUAAACAGCCAUUUCUGGAUCAACACUUACUACCUAGAUAAAUCUCAGGUGCAAGAUGUUGAUUUCUUAAUGAAGAAAAUAAUUCAAUCUUUCAUUCUCUCCUAUAUAAACAUGCAUCUAUGAUAAAGAUUCUUCUUUAUCAAGAACACAACAUCAGGAAUAAUCACUUAACUCAGGAACAGCAAUUUACUGGUAGACCAAUUGUACGUACAUACUGUAUAUUUAGGUACCUUGUAUGCAUUUAUUUUUGGAUUUAUUAGUAUCACUGAAGAUUAAGUAAACUAUCUGAUGUCCAGAUAACCUAAUAGAUUACUGUCAUCAUGAUUUUCUUAAUGGAAAUAUGCUGUAAACUAUAAUCAUCCACACCUUCUAAUAACAUUGUAACCUUGCAACUCAUAUA